GAUUGGACAAGGCUUUCGUCAACGCCCACAACACCUCGUGCGUGUGUUUCCCGCGAACGUCGGGUCCUCGCGCGGUGAUGCUCUACUAGCUAGCUGCUAGGCGAUGCGAGGAAGCUACACUGACAGCGCCAUUAAGACUUUCUCAGAAAUACAGUUAAAACAGGACCUGAGUUCGCUGACAUGGCGAAGCAGAGCUCGCUUUUCAAUUUUUUCACCAAGUCUCCACCGUUGGUCACUAAGCCGAAGUCAAGUCCCUCUCCGGCCGAGGCAGACCUGCCUUCCUCCGUCCAGAAAUCCAACUCGUCUCCGAAAGAGGAAGCUAAGCAGACACAGCAACAGCAGCCUAGUAAAACCAGCAAAGUUAAGCAGAAAAGUAACUCAAAGUCUGCGAACGAGGGAUUAAAGAAACUGUUUGGCGACAAGAUCCCUCAAACUAAAGACAGCUCCACAUGCUUAUUCCGUGCUGGUGCCCUUGUGUGGGCAAAACUAGAAGGACACCCCUGGUGGCCAUGCAUGGUGGUACCCCAACCUGUGACUGGAGAGCAGAUGAAGGGGCGUGGUCGGGACCAGCGCAUACAUGUUCAUUUCUUUGAUGAACCUCCUACUCGAGGAUGGGUUAGCACCAAGUAUAUUAGAGCAUACCAAGGCUCUGAUAGCAGUGAUGUUAAACCUGGAGGAGUUUUCUUUAGUGGUAAACCUGUAAUCCGCCAUGCUAUGGAGCUUGCAGAUGGAGUUAUAUUUGACAGUCCUGAAAAAAGGUUAAAGAUUCCUCUCUGCAUGGAUCCAUCUGAUGAGGAAGAGAAUGAAGAAGAAGAAGAAGAAGAAAUGGAGCUCGGCAAAUCAGAAACUGAUGAAGAGGUCAGUGAUGUUGAUGAAAAGAAAAGUGAGGUGGUGAAGCUGUCUAAAGUGAGUCUGCGUUCAUCUCGUGCUUCGGCAGAUAAGGGGAGCAAGCCCAAGCGCCGUCGCAUUAUUGUAGCCUCUGACAGUGAUGGAUCAGAUGAAGAAUUCAAGCCUCAACAGGCUGCAUCUAGCAGUGACGAAGAUGAGGAAGAAGGGACAGUGAGUAGUGAAGAGAAGGAAGAGAGCACCCAGGAGUCAGAGGUAGAAAGCCCCGUCAAGCCUGUAAAGCGAAAACGCCCUGCAGAGAAGUCUGUAAAUGUAAAAGCAAAGAUAGCAGCUACCCCAUCUGCUGCAUCUAAACGAGCACCAACAGCCAUCACAGCCAAUACAAAGUCUCGAUUGUCUGCCUUCUCUGCUCCUGACAGCUUUGAGAGCCAGGCGAAUGCAUCAGGGUCUUCUGGGGGUGCAACAAUUUGGGAUCAUGAGAAGCUGGAGUGGCUGCAGGAAGGCAAGAGGAAAGAUGGCAAGAGGCGACGACAGACAGAGGAAGACUAUGAUCCUACAACUCUGUAUGUGCCCGAAGACUUUCAGAACAAAAACACUCCAGGUAUGCGUCGGUGGUGGCAGCUCAAGUCUGAGAUGUUUGAUACAGUGAUUUUUUACAAGGUUGGAAAGUUUUAUGAGCUCUACCAUAUGGAUGCUGUCACUGGAGUCAAUGAGCUGGGACUAACAUUUAUGAGGGGAAAUUGGGCACACUCUGGUUUUCCAGAGAUUGGCUUUUCACGUUUCUCAGACGUUUUGGUCCAGAAAGGCUACAAGGUGGCUCGUGUGGAGCAGACGGAGACUCCAGAAAUGAUGGAAGCACGCUGCAAGACCAUAGCUAAACCUACAAAAUUUGACCGUGUAGUGAGAAGAGAAGUGUGCCGCAUUAUCACACGUGGCACCCAAACCUACAGCGUGUUGGAUGGCUCUCCUUCAGAGAGUCAGAGUAAGUUCCUACUGAGUUUGAAAGAAAAGGCUGAAGAAGAAAGCUCUGGUUGCUAUCGCACCUACGGCGUCUGCUUUGUAGACACCUCUGUGGGAUAUUUCCACAUUGGUCAGUUCCCAGAUGACCGUCACUGCUCACGCCUGCGCACCCUGAUUGCACACUAUCUUCCUGCUGAAGUGCUUUUUGAAAAGGGUAAUCCGUCUUUGGAAACACGCAAAAUACUCAAGGCGUCUCUGUCCUCUGCUCUGCAGGAAGGUCUUAAUGCAGGAUCACAGUUCUGGGAUGCUCAGAAGACUCUUAAAACUCUUUCAGAAGAGGAUUAUUUUAACGAGACUGCUGGACAGGAGCAGGGGACUGGAAGCAGUUUUCUCCCUGCUCUUCUGAAAAAGAUGACCUCUGAAAGUGACUCACUGUGCCUAACUCCUAAAGAUGGCCAUGAACUGGCACUGUCAGCUUUGGGUGGAUGCAUAUUCUACCUGAAGAAAUGUCUGGUAGAUAAAGAAUUGCUCUCCAUGGCCAACUUUGAAGAAUAUGUCCCUGUUGAUGUUGAGAUGGAGAAAGCUGCCGGACCCAUCAGUUUUUUUGCCCAGACCCGGCAGCGUAUGGUUCUUGAUGGAGUGACUCUGGCAAACUUGGAAAUCUUUCAGAAUGGAUCAGGAGGAACAGAAGGGACACUGUUGGAGCGUUUGGACACAUGCUCUACACCAUUUGGCAAGAGGCUGCUAAAGCAGUGGCUCUGUGCUCCUCUGUGUAACCCUGCAUCCAUCAAAGACAGACUGGAUGCAGUUGAGGAUCUAAUGGGAGCUCAGGGUCAAGCAACUGAAGUUUCAGAUCUGCUGAAGAAGCUCCCCGAUCUGGAGCGUCUCCUGAGUAAAAUCCACAGCAUUGGGACUCCUCUGAAGGGCCAGGACCACCCUGACAGCAGAGCAGUUCUCUAUGAGGAGGUCACUUACAGCAAACGCAAGAUAGCAGAUUUCCUUUCUGCACUGGAAGGUUUCAAAACGAUGCAGGAGAUUAUUUCUGUCCUUGCUGCAGUUUUGGGUGAAUUUAAUUCCACACUGCUGCGACAAAUUGUUAGUCUGAAAACUGAAAAAGAUGGCCUCUUUCCUGACCUCUCUGCCGAGCUAAAGCGCUGGGAGACGGCUUUUGACCACCAAAAAGCCCGCACUACUGGUGUCAUAACCCCAAAAGCCGGCUUCGACCCCGAGUACGACCAGGCACUUACAGGAAUCAAGAACUGUGAUCGAGAGCUGCAGGAGUACCUGGAAAGACAGAAGAAGAGACUUGGUUGUAAAAACAUGGCCUACUGGGGAACUGGGAGAAACCGCUUCCAGAUGGAAGUACCUGAGAGUGUUUCAGAGAGAAAUAUUCCUGAGGAGUAUGAAGUGAAGUCAACAAAGAAGGGCUGGAAGCGUUAUGUGACAAAGGAGACUGAGCGACUGUUCUCAGAGCUGCAAGGAUUUGAGGAGAAGAGAGAUGCUGCACUAAAAGACUGCAUGAGAAGGCUCUUCUACAACUUUGACAAGAACUACAGAGACUGGAAGACUGGUGUGGAAUGCAUGGCAGUGCUGGAUGUGCUGUUGGCUUUUUCACGUUACAGUCAGGGUGGAGAUGGACCGAUGACCAGACCACAGGUUCUCCUCCCUGAGGAUGACAACCAGUUUGCUCCCUUCAUUAACCUCACCGGCUCCCGUCAUCCCUGUGUCACCAAGACCUUUUUCGGUGACGACUUCAUUCCUAAUGACAUCUUUAUCGGCUGCCCUGGAAGCGGUGAAAGUAGUGAGGUGGAAGGUUGUGCCUCUUGUGUCCUUGUCACAGGCCCGAACAUGGGUGGAAAGUCUACUCUGAUGCGACAGUGCGGACUUGUGAUCAUUCUAGCUCAGCUGGGAUGCUACGUUCCAGCCGAGAGUCUCAGCUUCACACCAGUCGACAGAGUUUUUACCCGGCUUGGAGCCUCAGAUCGAAUCAUGGCUGGAGAGAGCACCUUCUUUGUGGAGCUGAAUGAGACCGCCAGCAUUCUGCACCAUGCCACUAAACACUCGCUUGUGCUCCUUGAUGAAUUAGGAAGGGGCACAGCCACAUAUGAUGGCACAGCAAUCGCCAGCGCUGUUGUGAAAGAACUGGCUGAGAAGAUCUGCUGUCGCACACUCUUCUCUACACAUUACCACUCUCUAGUGGAGGACUACGCCAACAACCCUGCUGUGCGCUUAGGCCACAUGGCAUGCAUGGUGGAGAAUGAAUGUGAGGAUCCAAGUCAAGAGACAAUCACAUUCCUCUACAAGUUCAUCAGUGGCGCUUGUCCAAAGAGCUAUGGAUUUAAUGCUGCGCGACUCGCCAGCUUACCAGAGGAGGUCAUCCAAUCAGGACACAGGAAGGCCAGAGAGUUUGAGAAGAGCACCAUCAGCCUCCGACUAUUCAAGAAGCUCUGCCAGUUUGCUGAAGAUGCUACACUGGACAACACACACUUGACGUCACUUGUUCAGCUGCUUAACACCCUGUAGUUUGUAAACAAACCUUGCUGUUGCUGAUUUUGUUCUCUCAGCCUUUGGAAAAAACACUACUGUAAUGAUCUAAUAAAGUUU